AUGCAGGAGGAAGAGACUCUUCGGUCGGGAAGCGGGUGGUCGGAUGAGUUAGGUGCGCUAAACCCGAUUCGGAUGUGCCGUGACCUGCACUCUGCGAUUGACCUCCUCCUACAACCCGCCUCGUCUUUGGCUAUAACCACCAAUCCCCACUCCCCACCGUCCACCAUGUCGCUCUUCCGAAUUGGAGGUGCUGCUGGCCUCCGUGCGACUCGGCUUGCCGCACCUGUCAAUGUCCGCUUCGUCUCCAAUGUCGCCAAGGACAUCAAGACCAGCCCGGCCGAUGCUCCCACCACGCCCAACAAGGACAGCUCGUUGAUCAACAAGCAGAGCCCCUCGGAGGCAAUGACCCGUCAUCAGCCUGAUUAUGAGGCGACCAUUGACCACGCUACCUCUCAAUUCUCCCCAGUCCCCAAGCGCGUGAUGGAUGGCAGCGAGCCCGGCCCUGCUCUGCCCGCUGCAGUUCUCUCCGGCGCUCCUACCGACCUCCAGGCCCGCACCGUCAGAAUCUACCGCCCCACAAAGCCUGCUACCCAGUCUGGUACCUGGCACGGACACCACUGGCGCAUGGAUUGGGACAUUCUGCAGAAGGGUCACCGCUGGGAGAACCCCCUCAUGGGCUGGCAAUCUUCCGCGGAUGCCAUGCAGGGCACCAACCUCAAGUUCAAGUCCAAGGAGGAUGCCAUUGCUUUUGCCCAGAAGCAGGGCUACGAAUACUUUGUGCAGGAGCCGAAUGAGCGCCGGUUCGUGCCCAAGGCUUAUGCCAACAACUUCCUUCACGAGCCCAAGAAGCUCAAGCACAUCAAGACCAAGUGA